CACGCGGACUCGGGUGCCGCCCCGCGGUAAUGUUUCCUCGGGAUCCAGAGGCACGGUUGUGUCACCGCCGUGAAACGCUUACCACACAAGGUUACGAAACAGACGCCAUCUUGGCUCAAAUGAAAGUCGCUAGCGUGGGAAUCUCACGCCACUUCAGCGUAGCUUGAGCCAAAAUGUCCCACCCUUGCUGCAGUUCGUAGUAACCUUCUCCGUUAAACCUUUUGGGGGAGGGAUAUACGAGAGCUGUCGCACAAACUACUUCUUCCUCCACUUCUGUGCAACACUGGAAAAUGGCCUAGCUGUGCCUGGAGAUAUCCCGUAGAUGUCAAAGGCAUUGUCGCUUGCCUAUAUGACACGAAGUAUGUUGGAUAUUUCCCGCGGAGUUUCAUGGCUGAAUCGUGCGUGAAGAUGAAGAUGAUGAUGAUGAUGGGGAUUCCACCGAUUUGGCUGUCCAAUGUUUGUGAAACUGGAUGAGACGAGGGCUCUAUCAGGAGCCUUUGUGCAGAUAUACCUGCAAUUACUGAAGAGGACCUCUGGGCAGGUUCACACGGAACUUGGCAGGGUGGAGUUUCUUGACCCAUGGAGAAUUACUUUCAGGCUGAGGCCUUUAACUUGGACAAGGUGCUGGACGAGUUUGAACAGAACGAAGAUGAAACGGACACGCCGACUCUCUCGGAUGCCAAGUGGACCCAGAUUCUCGCUCCGCCAUCACACCUUCUUUCCCUGAAUCCGGCACUGACCCACUCUGACCUCAGCCCAAGGGACAGCCCUAUCAGCUUCAAACCGCUUCUAGAUGCCCAGACGUCAGACAGCCCCUCUUUAGCUGAGGUCACCAGGUUAGAUGGGAAACUGGGGGUGGAGCAGCAGCCUGAGGGCAGGAGUGAAGAACGGCCAGCAGAUGUUCAUAGUCCUCCUCUGCCCCAGCCUAACAUUGGCAAGCUGGUGAGCACUGAUGGGCAGUUGCCAGACUUGCCGUCCUCCAACAGAGUGGUGCUGGAAAACGGUUAUCCAUCUAGUCCUGAUCUUAACGACCGGACUGACGUUCUUCUGGUCAACAAAGAUGAGAAAUGUGAAACUGUUACGGAUGAGCAAAGUGUUAAGGACACUGGUCCCCAAGAGUUUAAGACGGAGCAGAAUGGUACUGACAAGGGAAGUGGUGGUGGUCUUCAAGAUUUCACUGUUCUCGAGGAAGAAUGUGGGAAUGGGCCACCAGUUUUGAAUAAUGGUGUUACGAUGGAGGCAAGCCAGUCUGACAGUGGUUCACCUGUCCUUGAGGUCGGAAUGAGGGACUGUAAUCUGGUAUUUCCAGAAGGAAGUAAUCCCCAGAUAGGGGAAGCAGUUUUGCACAAAUCAGUGAAUGUUGGCGGAGAACUGGAUUGUGAGAGGGAGAAUCAUGAGGGUGCCUUUCCAAAUGGUGGACUGGUUGAGAAUGAAAGUGCAGGGGAAGACACCUGGGAAUCAAAUCAGGAAGAGAAAGAGAAAACGAUAGAGAGUGACCACAAGGGAAUGCACAGAGUGUCUGAAUCAUUAGGGGCGGAGAAGUCCAUGUCCAAUGGUCUGAUUGUGGAUCAUUGUGGAGAUGCACAAAGCCAGUCAGCGGUCCCUUCAAAGGAGGACUCUGUGACGGAGGAAAAAGAAAUGGAGGAAAGCAAACAAGAGUGUUGUGAUUCAGUUCGAGGACUGGAAUCUGGCAGAAUGGGCAAACUCAACAACAGCCGGCUGCAGCCUGUCAGCGUUCCCUACGGUGGUGCCCGCCCGAAACAACCUGUCAGUCUGAAGCUGCAGAUUCCCCAGCCUUUCUUGAGCCAAGUCCAGAAUGAAUUUGGCUCCACCGGCAAGAACAAGAACCUGGAGCCACAGAGUAGGGCAGGAGGCCUUGAGGCGUCUUGUGGAGCAACUGAGUCUGGGGUUGUUCGAAUGAAUGGAGAGCAUGGAGAUAGCCCUUCAGGCUUACUCAUCCCUUCUGAGAGUCCAGACAAUGACCUUCAGGCAGGACAGCAAUUGAAGAAACCCUUCAACUCUUUGGGGGAAGUGGCUCCUGUUUGGGUUCCUGACUCCCAAGCACCCAUUUGCAUGAAGUGUGAGGUCAAAUUCACCUUUACUAAAAGAAGGCAUCAUUGUCGGGCUUGUGGCAAGGUGUUCUGUGCUGCCUGUUGUAGUCUGAAAAGCAGGCUGAUGUACAUGGACAGGAAAGAAGCCAGGGUUUGUGUUACCUGCCACCGUGCACUUAUGAAUGCUCAAGCAUGGGAGAACAUGGGAGGAGGUUGCAACCAGCCAAAUCCCAACAACCCAGCUGAGUACUGCUCCACUAUUCCCCCUCUGCAGCAAGCCCAGGCAUCAGGAGCACUCAGCUCCCCACCCCCAACUGUCAUGGUGCCUGUUGGUGUCCUGAAACAGCCAGGGUCUGAAGGCUCUGUUCCUCGAGAGCAAAGAAGGGUUUGGUUUGCUGACGGCAUUUUACCCAAUGGGGAAGCUACAGACUCUUCUAAAGGGCCGGCGGCAAACCCCAACCCCACACAGCCUGUGGCAGCAUCCCAGUACUCAAACAAAUCCUCAGGAGCCAAUGCUUCUGAGGUGGCCCGUGCCACUGGAGCCACGACCGCCAGCCCUGUGGGUAGCUCUCUCAGUCUGAUCCCAGAGGACGGACUUCCUCCCAUCCUCAUCUCCACGGGCGUCAAAGGAGACUAUGCUGUGGAGGAAAGACCUUCUGAGAUUGUGCUGAUGCAGCAGCUUGAGGAGGAUGGCCCUGAUCCUCUGGUGUUUGUCCUCAACGCCAACCUGCUGGCCAUGGUCAAACUGGUCAAUUAUGUAAAUAGGAAGUGCUGGUAUAUGACAACAAAGGGUAUGCAUGGCGUGGGCCAGGCAGAGGUUGUAGUGCUUCUACAGUGCCUCCCUGACGAGAAAACCAUUCCCAAGGACGUCUUCUGCCACUUCGUCCAGCUGUACCGGGAGGCUCUCACAGGAAAUGUGUUAAGUCACCUGGGCCACUCCUUCUUCACUCAGAGCUUCCUGGGCAGCAAGGAGCAUGGCGGCUUCCUUUACAUCAGCCCCACCUUCCAGACCCUGCAGGACCUGCCGUUGCCUAACCCACCCUACCUCUUUGGCAUCCUGGUGCAGAAGUGGGAGACCCCCUGGGCCAAGGUCUUUCCCAUCCGUCUUAUGCUCCGCCUAGGGGCGGAAUACCGAUUCUACCCCUGCCCACUUUUUAGCGUUCGCUUCAGAAAACCCCUCUUUGGAGAGACUGGUCAUACCAUUAUGAACUUACUGGCAGAUUUCCGUAACUACCAGUACACAUUGCCGGUGGUGAAGGGGCUGGUGGUGGACAUGGAAGUGAGGAAGACGUGCAUCAAGAUACCGAGCAACCGUUACAAUGAGCUCAUGAAGGCAAUGAAUAAGUCCAACGAGCAUGUGCUGGCAAUGGGAGCGUGCUUCAACGAACGGGCGGAUUCCCAUCUUGUAUGUGUUCAGAAUGACGAUGGAAACUAUCAGACACAGGCCAUCAGUAUUCAUCACCAGCCUCGCAAAGUGACUGGAGCCUCCUUCUUUGUGUUCAGUGGGGCUUUAAAGUCUUCAUCUGGCUACUUGGCUAAGACCAGCAUUGUGGAAGAUGGGGUCAUGGUGCAGAUUACAGCUGAAACGAUGGAGGCCAUACGGCAAGCCCUGAGAGAGAUGAAAGAUUUCAGUAUUGCCUGUGGGAAAGCUGAUCAGGAGGAGAACCAGGAGCACGUCCAUAUCCAGUGGGUUGAUGAUGACCACAAUGUCAACAAGGGUGUGAUCAGCCCCAUUGAUGGAAAAUCUAUGGAGUCAGUCACCAGCGUUAAGAUCUUCCAUGGCUCGGAGUAUAAAGCCAAUGGGAAAGUCAUCCGUUGGACAGAGGUGUUCUUCCUGCGGAGCGAGGACCAGACCAAUGGCCUAAGCGAUCCUGCGGACCACAGCCGACUCGCUGAGAAUGUGGCAAGGGCUUUCUGCAUGGCCCUGUGCCCUCACCUCAAACUUCUCAAAGAGGACGGCAUGGCCAAACUGGGCUUGCGGGUCACGUUGGACUCAGAUCAGGUGGGCUACCUAGCUGGCAGUAACGGUCAGCCGCUGCUCCCCCAGUACCUGAGCGAUCUAGACAGCGCCCUCAUCCCAGUGAUCCACAGCGGGGCUUGCCAGCUAAGUGAAGGGCCUGUGGUGAUGGAGCUCAUCUUCUACAUCCUGGAGAUCAUCUCCUAAAACGAGGGAAUCCGUCCAGUCUCAGACUCAUGCCUCCCACCAGCUCGAGUCCCUCUUCGCUCUAUUUCUCUCUCAUUUGCACUUCAAAGAGCCUGAAAGCUGUGCAGGAACAAGUCCUCCAUACCACCUAUGCACCAUCUCCACUGGGAUGCCCUCUGCCCAGCCCCGCUGAAUGUGGUGCUCUCUUUCGUUUCUCCUCACCUCUCAACUCCACUGUGGAAACCAUAGGCCCUGUUGAGUCAAAAGGGGCAGCGACCCUGAAUUCGAUCUCUUCAGAACCGUUGUAGCAACACUAAGCUCCUGAAACACAAGAGGGCGCUCUACACGCUCAGUCCUAAUGGAGACGACUGACAGAAGGGAAGGUGUGCACCAUGAAGUGGUUUCUGGUACACAGUGCCUGGGCCUCAAUUAGAAACGAAGAACGAGCUUCAGUCUCGCCUCUAAGCUUUAUGAAUCACCAGAUGCUUUAUUUCAUGAAUAUGGACCUCGUUUUGUUUGAAACUGCUCCAAAGCUAAAAUGAUGUAGCUUCCUCUGAGACGGGCUGCUUGGCAUGGUAGCGGAAAGAUUGUGGAACAGUAUUAAGAACGUUGACGAGUGAGUUACUGUUAUAAAUGUCAAGAACAGACCUCUGUUAUAGACUUUAUUAUUAUUACAAGACAAUAAGAUCCAACAAUAAUUUCAAGCGGCCUUCAGGAAUUCAACUACAACUUCAAGAUCCACAUAAUGGUAGGUUUUGACACGACUGAAGGUCUCAGUCCAAUAAAGCUUUUAUAGUGGAUUUGUUUGGACCGGGAUAGAGGAUGAAAUGUUACAGUUUCUCUGGGCCACUGCAUUUAGCAUCCCAUCCCCGUCCCAUGUCUUCUCUCAACGUUUUAGUGGCCCAUGUUUAUAUAAUGUUCUGCCAUUGUUUUUAACAUGUUAUCAUAUAAAGGAUUGUGUAAGGAAUAGCAAUGCAGUGCACGGGAUAUUAAGCCAUCAUUAGGAAAUGGAAGGAGGGAAUAAAGAAGAAUGGAUUUACUAAUAUUUACUAAAACGUUUAUUUAUGGAUGAAUGGUAUAUUCAUAGAUGAGGAAAGGUUGGAUUUUGGUAGGUGGUUCCAAAGCCCUUAAUUCAGCUAUUAGUUUAGGGUCCUUAAUGCUGUUCAUUUUCUCACAGUGUUAAGGCCAUUGCACACUGAGUCCGAAAUGUUCGCAUGCGUUUUUCCGUUUCCUUUCCUAUCAAAAUGCAUGCUACAGAUGCGAAAACGCAGAAAAUCAAACCUGAUCCGUUUUUUUAGGUUUUUUAUGAUGGAUGAACGUUUUGGAGGCAGUGUGUAAACAUGUUUGACACCAUGCGAGGUCAUAUUUAUUUUUCGACGUGCGAAAAUUUCGUACUCCGUGUGCAAUGGCCUUUAAGGUGUGAUUACAUUAUCAAAAUUUUGCGGGCAAAAAAACUGUUAAUUGCCUGUUGUCAGUAGUGUUCGAUAUAGAAAGCACUUUGAAACCAAGUAACUUUGUGUUGGUCAACACAAGUUCUGUUGUGAAAUAUGCCGUCGCGCAAAAUUCAUGAUUGCGUGGAUUCCUAUUUAAAUUUAAAGACUGGAUUUUUCCUCUGAAAAUUAGCUGAACUAUAAAUGUGGCUUAUGUCCUUUUAUAGAUAUUAUCAAUAUGCUUUAGCAGGGCUUCAGACUACUUCUGGAAUAGUUGCAAAUGUGACAAUACAAUACAAAUUUGUGGCAGUUAUUGAUUUUGUCAGGAAAGUGUUUUAGUGUGUCCCCUAAUGGUUUCAUAUGGAACCCUUUAAUGUAAAUGGGGAAACUUUUUUAAUGAGUCACGGUAAUGAUUCACCCGAUUUAUGGGUAAAUCAUUCUUAAGAAAUGAUGUUUUUAAUGUGCGUCAAGUUUGUGAGUCGGCAUGUUCAAUCUGAUUCAGUCAUUGAAUCAUUCAGAGCUGUUACAUAGUUUUGCAAAAAUUUAUCGAACUGCUAUGACUUGCUAUGUUUAUUGGUUCAGUAAUCUUAAAACACAUUCCAGUUCUAAACAUUUCAUUUUAGAGUCAUGUUUGUUAGUCUGGAGCCCUGCUUUAGAUUCCCUGAUUCAGGUUGAUGCAUCUUUUACUGAUGUGAUAUCAGAUAAAAGAACCCUUGAGAUCACUCAUUUCAUAAGCAGGAUAUUAAUUUAAUCACAUUUUUGUAUUGAUUUUUCACUCACAAGGAGAAAAUUUAUUACUAAUAGUUAUCCAGGUCAUUUUGCAAACUCUCCCAAAACUGUAAACUACCAAUAAGAAGGAGCUCUUGUAAUUCAGGAUGUCACUGUUGAUCACAUUUUAAGAGAAGAGGGCAUUUGCCUUAAAUUCAUAAGCUGUUAUGUUCAUCAUCAAGACAUAUUUCAGAGGUCUGGAUUGUCAAUCACAUCUAAACUGAUAUAAAGACACUGUGACUGCAGAGUGUUUUUAACCAGCCCUCUUUUAUCUAGCUAACUUGGUGUUAUUAAAAUGACUUCAUCUGAAGUAUCUUGACUAUGACAAUCAAAUUAUGGUUAAUCUUUACUCCGAUAACAAAGUAAAUGUGGGAUGGUAACAUAUUGUCCUGUUUUGCAUAAUGACAGAUUUGGUUGGUUUCAUCAGAUGGCCUACGCUUGAUGAAUGAGGACAGCAGCUGAUAUGAAGAUCCACAGCAAGUGAACCUCACAGCCCUUUAUUAACAGGUCAACAGUUGAGACAUAAAUCAUGUGUUUCUGGCUUUUGGUGAAGAGCGCCGACAGCUUUGCAAGCAGACUGUUCAUGAAAAAUAAAUGGCAUUACGUGAAGGCUGCAUUGUCUUCCCACUAACACAGCUCAGAACAGCCUUUUGUUACUCCCUGUAUCCACCUUUGUCAUUGUUUUUCUAGAUGUGCAGUAUUGUAUAUCUUGACAUUUAUAUAUUUUGUUAACCAUAGCCUUUUUCCGUGUAAUUUCUUUUAAUUUUUUUUUGGCCGGCCCAAAGCGUGAUACAGCAUGCAUGCUGAAACCAAUGAGAACGUGUAGUUCUCUGAAAAUCUUUGCAUUUCGACAGCAUUUCAGAGGACGAUCUGCUUGAAAGAACAGUUUUACAUACUAUUGAUUUGAUCUGUGAUGAAACGCUGUUAAAACCUGACAUGGGUGGAAUGGGAAUAAAUUUGCAAUGUAUGAAAAGCCAAAAAGAAAAGGGAAAAAAUACAACCUUUCUUUAUUGUACACAACAAAUGUCAAUAAAAGCAGUCUUUAUCAAACCUGUUGAAUAUACAAAAUGUCAUUUUUGUACAUGAAACUUUUUUUUUAUAUUAAUAGUCGCCGUUAAAAGUAAAAUAAUCGCCCAGUUAAUCAAGAAAAGUCAGGAACUGCAGAUCUUUGUUUUUCUCGUUUAAUAACAAAACAGUUUAAAUAAACUUGGUGUAAAAUGAAAAUAAAUUACAUGGCUGACUCUUGAGGGAAAGAGAGUAGAAAGAAAAACAAACAAUUGAGACCCACGUUUUUCAGGAUAAGCUUUGUGGUGGAUUUAAAAACCAUUUAAUGAAGAACCAACACUCACAGUACAAUUUAAACCAGGACAAAGCUCGAUCCGAGACUGGAAAAUGUGCCAAAUCAUACAAUUCACAUGAGAUGGGAACAACUGUAACUGAAAUGAAUGGACAGAGUAAGAACUAGGCUGAUGUAUCUAGAUUGUACAUUGUCCGUGCUUAAAAGCCAAAUGUCAGUCAGUUCUUCAUAAGUUAUAAUCCAACAGACCACAAAACAUAAAUGGGGCAAAACUGAGGUAUUUUUAGACUCACAAAAGUAAAAGGAAUAGCGCACCCAAAAAUUUAAAAUUGCUGAAAAUGUACUCACCUUAUACCAUCCAAGAACAUUGGAACAGAUUUGGAGAAAUUCAGUAUUACACCACUUGCUUACCAAUGGAUUCUCAGUGAAUGGGUGCCGUCAGAAUGAAAAUCCAAACAUCACAAUAAUCCAUAAAUAAUUCACAUGACUCCAUAAUUCAUAAGACAUUUUUAACUUCAAACCAUUGCUUCCAGCUAAAAUCCGAGUCUCUAUCCAUAAUAUACUGCUUCACCCAGUGAAAAAGUUGCCUUGUCUGAAUCAGGAGAGGAAUAUGCAUAGAACAAGCACCACCAUUUACAAGUGAAAA